ACUUAGCCUUAAACCGAGUUCCCCUUCAGCCCCGAGCCAGGAGCAGCUCUCAAUACUGGGAGAGGCACAGAGCACUCGAGCUAUUUCAGCCACAUGAAAAGCAUCGGAAUUGAGAUCGCAGCUCAGAGGACACUGGGCGUCCCUUCCACCCUCCAAGGAGCUUUGUCUUCUUGCACCUGGCUGCUUGGGACUUUCCUUAGACAGUAAACAAAUACCUAAAGCAGGGAUAAGACCUUGUGAAUAUGUCGAAACAGCCAGUUUCCAAUGUCAGAGCCAUCCAGGCAAAUAUCAAUAUCCCGAUGGGAGCCUUUCGGCCAGGAGCUGGGCAACCCCCUAGAAGAAAAGAAUGUACUCCUGAAACAGAGGAGGGUGCUCCUCCUACUUCGGAUGAGGAGAAGAAGCCAAUUCCAGGAGCGAAGAAACUUCCAGGACCUGCAGUCAACCUAUCUGAGAUCCAGAAUAUUAAAAGCGAACUGAAAUAUGUCCCCAAAGCUGAACAGUAG